GUUACCACACCUCCAUCAGUACCCGGAGACUAUCUCAACUUUUUUUCUUCCUCUAGAAAAGACUCCUUUGUGUGUUACUCUAACGGAGAGUGAAGGACCGUCCUGAGACCCAGAAACAAAGUAAGCGGUCACCAUGAAGCUGGCUACAAUUCGCAGUGUCUGCUGUAGCGUCCGCGUGCGUGCUUCCCGUUCAGGAAGCAGAUUCAGCGGCAUGUCGCGUGGAUGUCUCCCGGUUGGAACGAUAAACAGCCGGUUAACCCUUCGGACUGCUAGCACCGUUACUAGCAGCGGGACGAGCCCGACUUUAACUGCAAACUUCGGGAAACAACUCAAAGAGGAUGAUUGGUCUGAAUGCAACAGAUCAGUGGGGGAAGUAGUUCAGAAUACGAAGGAGGCAAUUGCAACACUGCAAAGAAGAAAUCCUGGCAUCCAGCCCCUGUUAGUCAUUUUACAGGCAGGUGAAAAUGGCAGCAUGUUGGAAAUCAAUAAAAAAGUAGCUGGCAAGAUUGGCUUGAAUGUCACUCAGAUUUGUUUGGCAAAGAAGUGCAGUGAAGAUGAAAUAAUAGAAGAGUUGCUGAAGCUUAACGAUGACCCCAAGGUGCAUGGAGUCUUUCUCCACCUCCCCACAUCCUGCCUCACAAGUCGAGUGCUCAACACACUUAAGCCAGAGAAAGAUGUUGAUUGCAUUUCCAAUUUGAAUAUAGGCCGCCUGGUGAGAGGAGACGUGAGCAAAGGUUUUGUACCACCGGUAGCAAGUGCUGUUUUGGAUCUGCUGGGAAAACAUGAGGCUUCUUUGAAAGGAAAAUCAGUGUUGCUGGUAGGAGGACAAGGACCACUCAGGUUGGCCCUACAGUGCCUGAUUGAAAGAAGUGGGAUGACGGUUCAAACAAAUCAUUGGAACUCAAAGACCUUGAAGACACAGGUAAUGCAGGCUGAUGCUGUGUUUCUUUUAAGUGUCGGAAACAUGGACAUUCCGCCAUCCUGGGCUCGACCAGAGACUGUCAUCAUUCACUGUGAGUCGGCCUUGGAGCCAGAUGAUGACCUCAUUGACUUGCCCUCAACAUCUGGAUUAGCAUACCUCACAGCUGCCUACAGAGCACAGAACGUGACACAUGGCUGCUGUCGGUGGCUCCAGGAGCAGCAGUACAGACCCUGGGAUCUGUACAGCCAUAAACUUCAACCAUUAAACCCUGUUCCAACUGACAUUGAGAUCUCAAGGGCUCAGACACCAAAACCUGUAGCUCAGCUGGCUGAGGAAAUUGGUUUGCUGCCAGAGGAGCUUGAAGCUUAUGGGAGGAACAAAGCUAAGGUCCAACUCUCCCUCUUGGACCGCCUCCACUCACAGCCUGAUGGCAAAUAUAUUCUGGUUGCUGGCAUAACACCAACUCCAUUUGGUGAAGGUAAAACCACAGUGACUGUAGGUCUGGUUCAGGCUUUGUCUGCCCACCUCAAGCUCAACUCCUUUGCCUGCCUUCGACAACCUUCUCAAGGACCGACCUUUGGAGUUAAAGGGGGAGCUGCAGGAGGAGGUUAUGCCCAGGUCAUCCCUAUGGAGGAGUUCAACCUCCAUUUGACUGGUGACAUCCAUGCCAUCACAGCAGCUAACAACCUGCUAGCGGCAGCCAUCGAUGCCAGGAUGCUCCAUGAGGCAACGCAGUCUGACAAGUCCCUGUACAAUAGGUUGGUUCCUUCUGUAUAUGGAGUUAGAAAAUUCUCUCCCAUCCAGAUCUCCAGGCUUCGGCGUCUUGGUAUCAAUAAAACUGAUCCCGCCUCUCUUACACCAGAAGAAAUCAGCAGCUUUGUGCGGCUUGAUCUUGAUCCUUCACAAAUUACCUGGCAAAGAGUUGUUGAUACAAAUGAUCGUUUCUUGAGGAAAAUCACAGUGGGACAGGCAAGCACUGAAAAAGGACAGAUCAGAGAGACUGGUUUUGACAUUGCAGUAGCCAGUGAGAUCAUGGCUAUUCUGGCCCUCGCAGAUAGCCUAAAGGACAUGAGGAACAGAUUGGCCCGCAUGGUGGUGGGAUCAAGUCGCUCUGGAGAACCUGUCACAGCGGAGGACUUGGGUGUAAGUGGUGCACUUACAGUGCUAAUGAAAGAUGCUAUCAAGCCCACACUGAUGCAGACCCUGGAGGGUACACCAGUGUUUGUCCAUGCUGGGCCCUUUGCCAACAUCGCCCAUGGCAGCUCCUCAGUGCUGGCAGACAAGCUGGCUUUGAAGUUGGUUGGACGGGAUGGCUAUGUUGUGACUGAAGCUGGGUUUGGAGCAGACAUCGGGAUGGAGAAAUUCUUUAAUAUCAAAUGUCGGGCGUCAGGUUUGAGGCCCAACGUGAUGGUGCUGGUUGCAACUGUUCGAGCGCUGAAGAUGCAUGGAGGUGGCCCAAAUGUGUCAGCUGGUGCUACUCUUCCCAAAGAGUAUAUCGAUGAGAACCUGAGCCUUGUUGCAGGUGGUUGCCAUAGCAAUCUUAAGAAACAAAUCCAGAAUGCUCACCUCUUUGGGGUUCCUGUAGUGGUGGCACUAAACGUUUUCAAGACAGACACUCAGGCAGAGAUUGACCUAGUGUGUCAGCUCGCCAAGGAGUGUGGUGCUUCUGACGCAGUGCCGUGUCGGCACUGGUCGCAGGGUGGGCGGGGCUCUCUAGAGCUGGCCAUGGCGGUGAAAGAGGCAGCUGGCAGACCCACAAAUUUCCAGUUCCUGUAUAAUACUGAGAUGCCGAUCCUGGAGAAGAUCAGAACAAUAGCCCAGAAGGUGUAUGGAGCUGAGGACAUUGAUCUGACUCCAGAGGCCAGCAGCAAAAUAGAUUACUACAAUCAACAAGGUUAUGGAUCUUUACCCAUCUGCAUGGCCAAGACUCAUCUCUCCCUAUCUCACAUGCCUGACAAGAAGGGCACACCCACUGGAUUUAUUCUGCCAAUCAGAGAUGUCCGUGCAAGCAUCGGCGCAGGCUUCAUUUACCCACUGGUGGGAACGAUGAGCACAAUGCCCGGCCUGCCCACCCGCCCCUGUUUCUAUGACAUAGACCUUGAUCCUGAAACGGAGGAGAUCACCGGCCUUUUCUGAUCAACAUAGAUAUUCCUGUAGGUUUCGUCUCAUUCAAUUUAAGCUAACUGAAUCAGCAGCUGCCAGGUCAUAACCAGCUGAAAUCUUUACAUUUCAUUUCUUACUCUGUCUUACAAAAGUGUUAAUAACCUUUUGACAUUUUUAUUGGCUUGCCACGUUAAAUUCAGACAGCAUUGUGUUAAAUUGGGCUGUUAAGUGAUUAAUCAACACAAAGUAAGGCAGAAAUUAACUCAUAAUUUUUUUGACAAAUGAAAGUCUGAAAAAGUGUGCCUUGUAUCAUUUACAUGUAUUUAUUAAGAGCUAUCAGAAGAAAUUGAGAAAAAUGAAUCAUAUGACAAAUAAUGUAUUAUUGUUCUUUGAAUUAGCUAAAACUUUACAGACCAAAAACUUUGCCUUGCCUGAUGGCCUGCAACACUUUUCAGAUUUAUUAUUGUAAGUCACUUUGAAAGCUCAUUUAAUUUCUUUCAAUUCACUCUGUUCUGUUAUUCUCUUGCUAAAAGUCCCAAUUUAAAAUCAAGAUUAUUGUUGUAACUUGACAAAAUGUGUAAAGUUUUUUUUUUGUAUUUUAUUACUUUUAUUAAGGUUUGCAGUUUAUAAAAGGUUUUCCUGCCUCAUCUGGAAUGGUUUUCUUGCUACAUUUUGUUUCUUUGUGUUUCUAGGUUUUUUUCUCAGGAUCCAUCACACUCUACUAUACCCUGUACGUUUGACUCGCUGUGAUGACUUGCAUUUUCUCAAAAGGCCAACACUCCCACAGCUUUUAAAGUAGCCACACAUUACAGCCUUGUGCUCAAAUGGGGCUAAUUUUUUUAUUUGAGAGCACAUAUUGACCAAAAUACCUCAGGAAUCAAGCUGUUACACAGGCAGUCAGUGUGAGCAGAUAAAAGCUUAAUGUGGUAACAAUCCUGCAGACUCAUUUCACCUAAAUAGCUUUAAAUUAGAUUGUCACUGUGGCUUCAGGAGUAGCAAAUCAAACAGGAGCUCUUGGAAUCAUUUGUUAUUUUAGUUAACCCUCCUGCUAUGUUCGUUUCUGCAGUACAGCAAUAAUGUUCCUGGGUCAAUUUGACCUGUGGAGUGUUUAAUCAUCCAACAGUGUCAGAAACCCAAAAAAAUUCCUCCAAGACAUUUUUAUUAACUCCAUUAUUAACCAUUUCAAUCAAUAUUUGUGCAAUGAUGUAUUGUAUUUCUCACAACUAAAGGAUCAAUUAUGACAAUUUACUCAUUUGGACAUAAAAAACCAGCAGACAAAAAAAAUAAUUAUCCUUGAAAUAGAUUUUUUUUAAUAUUACAUUUUGAAUUGUUUUUCAAGUGGUGGUCUUUAUAAUUGAACUUGAGACACUUAUUCUGUUCUGGGUCAAAUUGACCUGCUGAUUCAAAUCAAGACAAGUGAGUCAUGCGGAGAGUAUUAAUGUUUUCCUCCAGUUCUGCUGAGUGUCAGAGGGAGGUCCCUGUCGAAGGCUGCAUAAACAUCUGCUUUCUCGCAGUUUCUUGGUGAAGUAAAGGGAAUAGUGAGAAAGUAGGCUUGUGUGUGGUGAAAUAUAGUUCAUAGCUGCAAGGAAACAUAGAACUGGACUUUUAAAAAAAAUCUUUUUUACCCUUCAACUUGACUGCCGGAUCAAAUUGACCCAAACAGUAUCUAUGUAAAAAGUAGAGGCGGGUUCAAAUGUGUAAAAUGAAUAAAUUUUAAAUUUAUAUCUAGAGUCUACCUAUUUAAAAUAAUAGUUUUAUGCAAAAAACAAAAAAACUUUCAACUAUUUUAAAAAACUUUUUAAGCUUUAAAACGGGUCAAUUUGACCCGCAUCAUAACAGGAGGGUUAAAGCAACAUAUUGUGAAGAGUCAAAUGUAUUUUGAAUUCUUGGUUUAUGCUCUAUUUGCACAGCCAAAAAUCUACAGUCAUGCCACAUACUCAUACUUUACUAUAUAAGCGUUAAUGCCACUGACUGUCGAUGGUUUCAAAGUAUUACGAUUUGGUUUCAGUCUACUUGAUAUUUUUUUUUCCCAUUGUCCUUCUAAUGGUGCUAACACUGUUGCAUUUUCACUACAAUGCUCGUGGAUGAACUAAAACUUGACAAUUGUGUUCAUGAUUGUUGUAUGUGUGAUGGCUGUUAUUCAAAUCUUUCGUUUUUGUCUUUUUUUACAUAUUAGUGUCUUUGUUAUUUAGUUUUGCUUAUUAAUGUCUUCUUGGGGUCUGAAAUUAAGCAGAAGUGGGAACUCGGACCCUUAUUUAUAGCCUGUUAUACGAGUUGAAUUUAACUCAGUCGGCUGUUCAGGUUUAUUGGACUUAAACAUGGCUUUCAAAAGCAGGAAUGGUGUUAAAUAUGUUUUACUCCAACAGAUGUAUGUUUAACAUUUUCAGUAAUCACUAGUGCCUUUCUAAUAAAUCUUUUAUUG